AUGGGGGCCUUCAAGACUCUGUGCCUAUUAGGUGUUGUCCUAAACACUGUUUGUGCCAUUGCGGCUGUGAGUAGCAAUACCUUGACCAUAUAUCAAAGCUCAGAUUUGGUCAACACCACCGCAUCUGCAGCUUGCCAACAGGCGCUCGCCUCCAAUGUGACCUGCUAUCGCGGUUUGCCUGCUGCCAUCACCAGGACCACUUCGUGGUCGUCGGAUGCGCUGUCUAUGAUCUGUGACGAUGCUUGUACGACCUCACUGAACAACUGGGUAUCAUCUGUCAAUAACAACUGUGGCGCUACAACCCAGUAUAAUAUAUCUGGCACAUUGCAAACCGCAAUCUCGGCAGGACAGGAGCUGCUCUGGAAACAGACCGCAACAUGUAUCAAAGACUCCUCAGGGGAGUUCUGUAACCUGGUAAUUCAGGGUGCAGUAUCUCAUGGUGAUCAGAGCGUUCUCUGCAGCGAUUGCGCUCUAGAUUAUUUGACCACGGUUAUCAACUCGCCGUGGGGACAACAAGUCAUGAACCCAGUUGCUGUGGAGAGUCAGAUCCAGAGCUGCUCGGCGACUGCUUCAUACUCGGUCACAUAUACCGCCACGACAACGUCGAGUUCGGGAAUCGCAACAGCAUCAUCGACUGUCAAUGCUCGAUGCAACACGACAGACCCAGAGACAACCACAUACACAGUCAUGGGAAAUGAGACAUGUGUCAACAUCUCCACUGCGCAUAACGUGUCCACUCCGGCAUUGACCGCAUUGAACGGGUUAGAUCCUGGGUGCAACUAUCUCACUGCUGGUCAGCUCUUGUGUCUGCCGAGUGUCUGCCAGACAUAUCAGGUUGCAACAAAUGAUUCCUGCACCUCAAUCAUAGGGAAUCUCACCCGAGUGGUUUCGACGACGACAUUUCAGUCUUGGAACCCUGCCAUCAAUUACCUCUGCUCCAAUCUGUAUACCAUGGUUGGUCAAUAUCUCUGCAUUAGUCCUCCUGGUACAACCUCCAUGCCCAAUUAUUUCCCGCUUCUUCCAGCAACAACAGCGGCGCCUGUCCCGACUAACGCCGUAACAACCUCCAACACCGACUGCGGCUAUUGGUAUACAAUCCAAGUCAAUGAUACCUGCCAAACGGUUGCUUCGACAUUCGGUAUUUCCGAGGAUGAUUUUUAUUUCUUGAAUCCGCAGCUUGGAACCAACUGCUCCUCUCUUUGGCUUGGUAACAGCUAUUGUGUGCAACCAGUGGGAAAGAUUCUAUCGUAUGCCGGGUAUAACGGCAGUUCAACUCCCUAUACGACCCUGGCUUCAACAAUAAAUCCCAACGCGACUUUGACAGCAAACCGCUCCACCACCCACUUCUUUUACUCGUUUCCCCCUCCAACAACCACCACUUCUGCCUAUAACAGCACAGCCUGGAACCUUACCCAGAAUUAUACUCUAUGUGCACAAGCGAUGGCUUAUUACAACAUCAGGGGCAGUAGCGACUUCACAGAUGACAUGUACGAUAACGCUGCUUGGUUCUCCGAGUACCAGCGGGUGUGCCUCGUUGAUCCAGGAAAUUUUCCGACAUCCGCAUUCAAUACGAGCAUCGUGCUGAGCACUGAUGAUCCAUCUGGGCCUACCUCAACUCCGGCUUCUACGGGGGCAACCGCCACCCUGAGCUCAACAGCCCCUUCAACAUCUUCCCCAACUUCUACUCCGACUGGUGGAAUCUCGCCGAAUGGCCUCUGCGGCUCGGCGAACAACGGAUGGACCUGCGCGGGAUCGACGUUUGGUACCUGCUGUAGCAUUUACGGUGAUUGCGGCUCAACCAGUGAUUACUGUGGCAGUAAUUGUGACCCGAACUACGGUGACUGCCCUAGUACUAGUACCGUAACAUCGACGACCACAUCGACUAGUGCGAUCUCAUCUGCAACUUCACGCUCCAAUGUCUCACCUAAUGGACUCUGCGGCGCUAGCAACAGUGGCUACACCUGCCUCGGAUCUCAGUUCGGAGAAUGCUGCAGCCAGUAUGGAUACUGUGGAUCGACAAGUGACUACUGUUCUUCGGCUAACUGCGACUCGAACUAUGGCAGCUGCUCGUCGUAG